AUGACCUUGAGAAAGGCUAAUGCCCAAUAUUUGCUUUACUUAUCUAAGUUCCCAUUAUUAACGAAGUCAGUCACUGCAGGAAUAUUAGCUGGUCUAAAUGAGGUGAUUGCAUCGUCGUUGACUAAAGACUUCCAGAAAAUAAACAUGCGAGACCGUGAGAUCAAACAUGUAUUUAGUCCAAAGUUAUUCACAAUGAUAAUAUAUGGGAGUUUUAUCGUUACGCCCAUAUCACACAAGAUGUAUGGGACUUUAAACAAAAUUUUUAGAGAUAACUUGUCUUUUGGAAUGAAAUUCUUACAAAUUUUAACUUCCUUAACUACAAUCACACCCACUUUGGCUGCCGUUUUCACAAGUUGGGUUGCUAUAAUAAAUAAUUAUAAGUUGCCUUCUAAUUUGAAGACAUUUGAUGCUCACACGGAGCUUCUGAAGAUCAGAUCUAUAGUUGUAAAAGGUUUGAAGAGCAACUAUUUAACUAUAUUAAAAACAUCAGUUAUGACAUCACUAGUUUCGUUGGUGAUUGCGCAGAACUUCAUAAAGGCAGAACUUUGGGUUGUGUUCUUUAACGCCGUGUACUUUGUAUUAGGUACGAUUCAAAAUACGAAAAUGAAAAGACUCAACAGGAAUAUGUCUCUAGCUGAUGUCGAAAAGGAGCAAUGA